AUGAUGGGAAGCGAUGGAUCACUUUCCUUGUCCGAGAUUACUGUGCCCCCCACGCCGUCUGAGACAUCUAGCAAAAUCGCCAACAGUACUUCCGAACCUGACAUUGACGAACUUGUAGAGAAAUGGCGCAACUUGGAUAACGGACUACCAUGUCUUCUUGAGAAAACAAGGCAAGACAUUAGUGUUACCAAGGAAGCGCUCAAUUUUUUUAAGAAGCGAGCUGCCAUUGAAGAAGAAUACGGUCGACAGCUGACAAAGCUCUCGCAGUCGAUGAUGGAAGGACAUGAUCGCCAACAGCUUGUUUCCGACACUCUAACUCAAUCAUGGACUAAUAUCUUGAAAGUUCAUGAAACCAUAGGAGAACAGCGACUGAAGUUUGGCUCUGAAAUUUCGGAGAUUGCUGAAGACAUCAGUUUCUUAAUUAAGGAUAUUGACAAGAAGAGGAAGAUGACAAAAGAUCUCAGUGCAAGACACGAACGUGUGUUGGUUGAUGCAGAGCUGGCGUUAUCGAAGGCUAAACAGCGGUAUGAUAUUAGUAGCGAGGAAUGGGAAACGAAGCUCAUGCAAUUGAAGACUGAGGCAGGCGGAAUGUCCUUGAAGGGCAUGUUUAAGCCCAAUAGAAAUCAAGCUCAGUUGAACAAGUACGAAGACGAAGCUAGAAGCAAAGCUGCUGCAGCAGAUGAACAAUACAAGCAACAGCUCUCGUACGCUAACAGCUUGCGCAAGGAUUAUUUCGAGGAGCAUUUACCCAAGAUGCUAUCGACACUGAAAGGGACCGAUAAUGAAAUCUGUGUGGCCUUGAGAUACCAAUUGGCAAGAUACGCCUACUCGUUUGAACAAAUGAUGGCUGCAAAUGGAAAUGAGCUAGACAACGAGCAAGAUAGCGGAUUGAGAACGACUAUCACACGCAUAGACAAAGAUGCCGACUUACGCAACUAUGUCGACACACACGGUGGGCGAUUUAUAUCUACGCAGAUCCGAGAGCUAAAGUAUGAAAAAUACGAAAUGGCUGUCAAAGUCGAAGAACCACAGCCUGUGGCUUUCGCAAAGUCAAUUCCCAUCACAAAGGGUCGCACAGUGUUUGGAAUCGGCCUCCAGCAGCUUUUAGACCAAGAAGGCAGCGAGGUGCCCAUGAUCCUUCGCAUUUGCACUCAAACAAUUGAAGCCUACGGUCUGCAUAACCAGGGCAUCUACCGCUUAUCAGGAGCAGCCAGCCAUAUCAGAAAGGUUAAAUCCCUCAUUGAACAGUGUGAGUACAAUUGUGACAGCGACGAUGUAUUCCUUCUGACACCUGAAGAUUACUCCGGAGAUAUCAACAGUGUGACCGGCGCACUCAAGUUAUGGUUCAGGGAGUUACCAGAUCCCUUGAUCCCACGGCGAGUAUCGGAUCAAUUCAUUGCCGCAGCCAAAUGCGAAGACGAACGUGUCCGUGUCAUCAGUCUCCAUACUGCUAUCAAUGAGCUGCCAGAUGCCAAUUAUGCUACGCUGCGAUAUUUAGCCAAUCAUUUGGACAAAAUACAGCAACAUGAAGUCUAUAACAAGAUGGGGACCCCGAAUUUGGCCAUUAUAUUUGGGCCAACCUUGAUGGGCGGGGAUAAGGAUGGCUACACCUUUGACGAAAGCAAGACGCUACAAGACAUGCAAUGGCACGUACGGGUUAUCGAGACCAUUCUUGAGAAUUAUCGCGUCAUUUUUGAGCCUGAUGAAGAAUAA